CCACCUCGGGCGAGUAGAUGUGGGCGCUCCGACCUGUCAGUGGCCGUCCACCUCGCGAGUCGGCUGGCCGGGUUUGGCUGCGCAUGCGACGCUUGUGCAACAACAUGUUGACGACCACUGCUCUCCUGCUCGCGCUGCACUUCGCCGCCGCAGAUAUACCGCCAUACAUCAAAGUCUGCCAGCGCAAUGACCCGAACGUGGACAAAUGCAUCAUGAACUCGGUCGACGAGCUGCGGCCCAAGAUGAUAGCGGGGAUUCCCGAGUUAGACGUGCCCGGCAUAGAGCCGCUCAGUCUUGGCCAGAUUGCGUUGGCCCGCGGGCCGCAGGGGGCCAAGCUGACGGCUGUCGUCAACGAUGUCAAAGUGCGUGGCCCCAGCAACUUCAUCAUACAGGAACUUAAGUCGGACUUGAACAAGAACCGGUUCGACUUCAAGCUGUUGCUGCCGAAACUGGAUUUCGCCGGUAAAUACAAGAUGGACAUCCAGGUGCUCCUGCUGCGGCUCCAGGGCAGGGGGAACAUCACAGGCUCCUUUAAGGACUAUGCAUGCAAUGUCACCAUGAGGGGUCACAAGGAAAAGCGAGGCGAGCAUGAAUACCUGCAGUUUGAUCCCUUCAGAGUCAAGCUUCGUGUCGGCCAGUCUUCCAUCUACCUGACCAACUUGUUCGACGGCGAUCCAGUCCUGGGGCCGGCCACCAACAGAGUUAUCAACGAAAAUUCCCAAGUUUUCCUAGAAGAAAUAAGACCGGUCCUAGAAAGGAGCCUUGGGGAACUCUUUACAGAAAUGGCAAACAAAAUAACAUCCAAGUUCACAUAUAAAGAAUUGUUUCCCUAGCUAAUAUAAGGAAUUGUAUUAUAGCCGUAAGUUAGUGAGUGAUUAUUUGGACUUGAAUAAUAACAGUGGAUGAUCAGUGGUCAAAUGUGUCAAGUGUCUAAGCGAAUUCAAAUAAAUGUGAUAGUAAUAUGUUAAUAUCCAUUGAAAUUUUAUAGGAUUUUCGUGGUAAGGCUUAUGCUCAAAAGCUUUUACAUUGUAAUAAUUUUUCUUAGUAACUACUUUAUUUUUAUAAACGAAUCCAUGACCUACUUUUAUUUUUAAUACAAAUUUCUAAUAUUAUUAAAAAUAUUGAAUAUAAAAUAUUCAGUAUUAACAUGAAGUUUUACAAGUUACAAUUACUUAAUACUUUGCAUGUUUUUAUUGCUUAUAUUAUAUUGUAAAAAAAUCAGGAAUAUGAAGAAAAAAAUACCAAAUUAUUAUUUUUUUGAAUACACUAAAGGUGAGUUACACCAGUCAACUUUGACGUUAACUGGAACCUACGCGCAGCCAUCGUUUAAACAAAAUGGCGUAUUUUACGUUUUUUGCGCAUGUUAAAGUUAACAUCAAAGUUAACUGGCGCAACACACUCCAAGUAACCAGUGUUAUUAUUAUUUUGUUUUUAUUCUUAAUAGAGGUAUAUUUUUUCGUUUAUGGAAUUGUUUCAUAUUAAGUACUGAUUAUUCACAGGCAAUGCUAAUCAAUGGUAACAGAUUGAAAGAAUUAAUUUUUCAAGCCCCAUUGUUAAGUUUUAUUCAUCAAUUUUGUUAGAAAUAGGAAUAUAUUUUUUAAUCAUUAUGGCCAUAAUUAAAAUAAAUUCAAUUGUACAUAAUAUCAAUAAAUUUUCAUGUAGCCAUAGAAGUAAUAAAAUUGUCAAUUUGAAAUCGACAUAUUUUCUGACAUUAUGACAACUUUAUCUUUUGAUUUUGACACGUAUGCCUUAUUUUUAAAACGGGCUUUCAGAAACUUAUUAUAUAAAACGUAUAUAUAAUAGUAAAAAUAUUUAUACAUUGAUCUUUUGUAGACCAUUUUCAUCCAUUUGCUUUGUGUAAAUAGAAUCUUAUCGAUAUUCUAAUUAGGAAACUUUGUUUGAAUACAAAAUAAGUUUAUAAAGUAA